AUGGGUGCCUUGAACCCUCCACACUCCGCUUCCGAAGACCGGAAAGUGCGAAUUGUGUGCAUCUCCGAUACGCACAACGAUGACUGCACUGGGAGCUUGCCGGACGGGGACGUGCUCAUUCAUUCCGGUGACAUGACUGAUUUUGGGACCAUGGAGGAGUUGCAAGCCGCCUACGACUGGAUAUCGACUCUUCCACACAAAGUGAAGAUUAUUGUAGCUGGCAACCACGACAUGGCCUUGGACGAGAAGCACAAGGAUUUCUUGCCCUCGGCCCUCGCAGUCUUCAAGUCCGAGGCUGCCAGGGCAGCCGGGAUCCACUACCUCGACCGUCAAGUGGAGGAAAUCCAGCUCCUGCCGGAUUCUUCCAGCAACACUGCCGUCCCAGUUUACGCCAACCCCUGCCAGCCCGAGUUCCUCGGCAAGCCCUAUGCCUUCAUCUACGCACCCCACCCGUCACCGCAGGCUGCUGAGGCAUGGGCAGGUGCACCCUCGACCCCGUCGUCCGUCCCGAUCUGGGUGACCCACUGCCCGCCGCUCGGCCGCCUCGACUGGAUUCCCAUCCCGCCGCUGACGGGAUGCCCAGUGCUGGCCGAGGCGGUCGCGCGGGCGCGGCCGGCGCUGUCCGUGUUCGGACAUUACCACAUCAGCCACGGCGUCGAACUGGUCACGUGGCAUGACGAGACGGACAAGGUUGCAAAGGCCGAGAAGCUCGUGAGCGACGGCGCCCCGGCUCACCUAGAUUUCACCAAGCCCGAGCUGCGGUUCGAGCCGGGGCGCAAGACCAUCUUUGUGAACGCCGCCUGGAUGACGCUGGCAAAACCCCGCACGGAGGAAAGAUACCAGCCUAUUGUGCUAGACUUGCCGCUUGAUUUGCUGGUUUGA